AGCUGAGCCGAGCCACGGAGUAAGUGAAACCAUAAUGAGAUAGAUAAUAAUAAAGAAUCAUAAAGGAAAAUGUCGGGUGGUGUUGGUCCAAGCAAAGACAUCGGCGGCCUCCACGGGGAGGAACAUGAGCAAGAACAGCAGCAGCAGCCCACAGCCCGGAAGCCUGACGGCAGGCGUUGGUCCCUCGGCCUCCGCCACCUCAACUGCCUCGCCCUCUGCAUCGUCCUCGCCGCUAGCGGCACCGUCAGCCCCUGGGACCUGGCCUUCGUGGCCUUCGCCGCCCUCUACAUGCUCUUCAUCUCGAGGGCCUCCUUCCCGCCCCGCCGUCCCGGGCCCGAGCCCACGGUGUUCGACCGCAACAACCGAGCCCUCGGCCUGUACGUCCAGUUCGCGGCAGUCGUGGGGCUCUACCUUCCGAUCGCGUACAUCCUCGAGGGUGUCUACGAGGGCGACAAGGCCGGCGUCAAUGCCGCGGCCCCGCACCUGUUCCUCCUUGCGGCCCAGGUAUUCAUGGAGGGGGUUGCGUUCUCGGGGCAGUUCUCGACCCCGGUCCGGGCCUUUGUCCCGGUGUUCUACAACUCGAGGAGGAUCGCCACGAUCAUCGAAUGGCUCGGGAACGAGUUCGGGGAGACCGGGGAGGAGUUGUAUGGAGUUCCGAGGAGGAGGCUGUACGUGGGGAGGGGGCUCGCUAUAGCAAAUAUGGCACUUUGGAGCUUCAACCUGCUGGGGUUUCUGGUGCCUGUCUAUCUCCCGAGGGUCUUCAAGGGAUAUUACUCAUACCCAUCGAAUAAGUCGAAAGAUUGAGUAUCCACCUCUCUCGCCAUUAGAUAGAUUAAUAGACGGUGGGUUUAUGCUCAAUGUCUAUGAAUUCUCAUGUGAUAGAUCAGUAAUGCUAUGUGUAUAUGAAUUUUCAUGUAAUGGGUCUGAAAUAAUUUUUUUUUUUUUAAUGACUUUUACUCAUGUUGAAUA